AUGACUUUUGUUAUACCGCACCAUAACGAGAAUACUUUGACAAGACUUUUUGCUGAGCUGCAAGACAGAGAAACCGAAUUUGGAAUCUCAGACAUUCAACUUGGUCUAGCAACUCGUGAAGAAGGCUUCUUGAACAUAGCAAGAAAAGCUGAACUAGAAAGCCCUGCUGUUGAUGGUACAAUGGUCACUCUCGAACUAACAUCUGGCUCAUCCGUUGAGGUAAAGUAA